AAACAAAGGUCCGGGGGAGGGGAGAGUGUCCCAGCACAGGAAAAAGUCCAGGCAGUGACGUGUGGCAGGCAGAGCAGUGCCGGCCACCCUGAGAACAGAGACCUAUGCAGUGCCCUGGAGCCUCUCACCCACCUCCACCACCCACCGUGGUCCCCACGACCACCCCAUGUUCCGUUCACGCCGUGCUGGGCUGGUGCAGAGGCUGUGGCGGCAGCGCUGUGCAGCAGCCAGCCCUGAGGAUGGCUCCAGUGCCCUCAAACCAGCAGCGCAUGCCCUCUUCAAGAAGCUGAAGGACGAGGAGCUGGAGCUGCUGGUGCAGGUGGUGGAGAGCCGGGGCGCCUGGGAGUCCGCCUGCGUUUUGGCACCACGGGGGGAUCCACGAGGGGUUAAGCAGGGACUACCCCCUCAAGUCCUGCUCUGUCGCCUCUUCCGCUGGCCUGAUCUCCACCAGUCCCAUGAGCUCAAGCACUUCUGCUACUGCACAGGGGGCCAGGGGGUCUGCGGGGACUUGGCUGUGCUGUGCUGCAACCCCCAUCAUUUCAGCCGCCUGGCUGUACCUGAAACCCUGCCACACUCCUACUUGAAGGCAUCCUGCAGUCCCUCCUGGCCAGAUGAGCCCCAACCCCCCAGCACUCAGCUCCUGGAGUUCAGCUACAAUGGUGGGGACUGGUGCGACACCAGCCUCUCGAGGAGCACCAUCAAGGAUGGCUGUUGGUGCAAACUGGCUUACUGGGAGUACCGGACACGUGUGGGGCGCCUCUACGCUGUGCAUGAGGCAUCAGUGAAUGUCUUCUGCGAGCUGCCAUGGGGCAGUGGGUUCUGCCUGGCCCAGCUGCCAGCUGCCUACCGCAGCUGUGCUGUCCGGCGGGCACGUGGCAAGAUUGGCCAGGGGCUGCUGCUGAGCCGGGAGCCAAGUGGUGUCUGGGCAUACAACCGCAGCGAACACCCCAUCUUUGUCAGCUCACCCACCCUGAGCCCCCCUGGUGCCUGUGGGCUCACUGUCCUCAAGGUGCUGCCUGGCUACUCGGCAAAGGUGUUUGAUUAUGAGUGGGCAGGGGACAGAGGGGGCUGGCAGCUACCUGGGGAGGGACCCUGUGACCCCCACUGCAUCCGCAUCAGCUUUGCCAAGGGCUGGGGACCCUGCUACUCCCGGCAGUUCAUCACCUCCUGCCCAUGCUGGCUUGAGGUCCUGCUGAACCAGCCAUGCUGA